GUCGAGCGGUACGGCGCGCCGCUGCGAGUCGAGCCGAGCCCGGUCGGCCUCACGCCGCUGCAGGAGGCGGCGCGGCUCGGCUGCCUGCAGGUCGUGCGCUACGUGCUUCAGGCGCAGGGCGUCGACCACGCGGCGAUCAACCACCGCUCGCCGUCCACGGGCUGCUCCGCCCUGAGCGACGCGGCGAUGCGGGGCCACGCGGGCGUCGUCUCGCUGCUGCUCGCCGCUGGCGCGCAGGUCGACGCGCCGCGCAAGGACGGCAAGACGGCGCUGCACUGCGCCGCCGAGCAGGGCCACGCCGCGGUGGUGCGACAGCUGUUGCGCGCGGGCGCCGACCCGCUCGCCAGGGAGGAGGAGGGGCGCACGCCCGCCGAGCUCGCGGAGGUGUGGCACGAGGACGCGCGCGCGUUCCUGCUCGCCGCCGAGGAGCACCAGGGACA